CCCUGCGCCUUCCUGCGCCCAGGGCAGUCCUUCGAGGGGGGCCAGCGCGUGGCGCACCACCACGGCGCCAUCCCCAAGCAGGAGACCUGGGAGGUCAAGGCGGUGAUCCAGCACUACGACCCCGCCAAAGGCUACGUGGCAGGCACGAUGGAAGGUGGCAACGUGCCCGACAUGCCCGCCCCCGUGACGACCUUCUUCGAGGGGGAAGUGAUUGACAACCGCAACUUCACCUUCUUCACAGCCGACUGGGACGCCUGCGCCGACACCGACUUUUUGCACUGGUCCAAGUUUGGGCCCUUCCGCCAGCUGCACGCCCAGGUGGUGCGCCACGGCGGGCGCUGCCCCGCGCUGGCCGCCCACCCCUACGUCUACAUGCGGUGGAAGGAGCAGUUCUUUGUGCGCGGCAGCGAGUGCCGCCUCACCAUCGCGGGCUUCUACUACCUUGCCAUCAACAGGGCCAGCGGCAAGGUGACGGGCUACUACUUUGACCCUUCCUCCAGCCCCGACCAGAAGCUGGAGCUGACGCCUGUGCGGGCCGGCCCCGCCGGCUUCGCCUUCCCGCACUAUGAGCUGGCCUGA